AUGUCUUCUCCAAAGAAAAUUGAUAUCAGUGAAAAUAUAAAACGAAGUAAUGAACGUACAAUCAUCCUAAAUGUUGGAGGAAUCAAGUAUGAAACGUACGCUUCAACUUUAACUUCACAUCCUGAUACAUUAUUGGGGACAAUGUUUCAAGAUAAAAAUCGAGCAUUACUUCACCCACAAGCUGAGAAUACGUAUUUUUUUGACAGGAAUGGGUAUGCUUUUAGAUACAUAAUGGAAUUUUAUCGUACCGGUAAAUUAUUGUUAAGUGAACGUGAUAAAGAUAAGGUUACUUUUGUUACCCUUGAUGAAAUUAAAAAAGAAAUUAAAUAUUUUCGUAUUCCUAAUUUGAUUUGUGAAGCUAUGGGUAAUUUUGAAGAAUGGAUCGAAUUGAAAUUUUUUCCGACCAUUCUUGAUGUUGAAACUUAUUGGAAUGAAACGGAACCGACUUUAAAAUUCUCUUAUAUACCUAUCAUGAAACCUUAUGGUGUAAUAGGUUAUUAUAUUCUUGAAAAAUUUUCUAAAGAGAUUCAAUCAUAUUUUGAAAAUACAAUGCAAAGUAUUUCUUUUCAAUCCGAUCAAGUUACCGGUGAAAUAACUCCUACAGGAAAUUGUACUAAUUAUUAUAAAAUUUCAAUCAACAUUAAAGAUAAUUAUUAUAAAGAAGAUAUCAUAAUACAUACUAGAUUAGACGGUUAUAGAGUUAGUUAA